CUCAAAAUCGAUCAAUAUCACCUCGCUGGAAACUGGAAAGCAGACCUCUGCAUUUCUCUCGAACAUCCGUUCACCAAGUUUCCAUUGGCUGCCUAUUCGACCCAUUUCGAGUUAUCGGUCGGUGCGUCCCGUCUAUUUCUUCAAAUUCACGUUAACUCUCGUAGCUUUCUACAAAAAUACCAUGGCCAUGUUUCGUUUCCGCUCCAUCCAUGCCAUUGUACUGGUCGUCUUCACCAUCCUAGCGCUGGCUACAGCAUCCGAGGCGCUAGAGGGAGCUAGCCGCCGAUCGCUUGCAGUGAAAAAACUUCAGUGCCCGAGCGGCGCUGGAAUCUGCCCGUACAGAAGCCUCACGACAUGCAGCCAGGCGUCCAUUUACUGCUCCGGCGCCUGCUGCAUCAACAACGUGGAGUACCCCUGCUGCGGCGGAAGCAUGUGCUGCAGGGCGGGCGGGUGCAUGAGGAAGAAGAACGGAUCGUACGCGUGCUGCCCCAUCGGGACCAAGGCGUGCGGCAUCGGAAAAUGCUGCCCCAGCACGUAGGAGAGGAAUCUUUUCCAUAUGGUCUGAUAUACCGUACCAUGGCCUCUUGCAUUAAGGGGGUUCUUGUGGGAUGAUGAUGCGCACAGGAGAUGGGGGGAGUAUGUGGAGUGGGAGUGUGUUUUGAGUCGACUCAAAAUACACCUUGAGUAUGUGGAGUGGGAGUGUACAUACUUCAUAUGGGGCUACAGUUACUGGUUAGGACCGUUGGCAGGAUAUUGGGUUUUCUUUUUGGGAGGGACCUUAACUUAGGCAGUAGGGUUGGAUGUAACUGAUUGUAUGUAGAAGCUUAUCACUAGUGAUUUUACU